CCGUGCCGCGGUCACACUGUUUCAUCGAAAGAAGCGAAACAAAAUAACAAAUAAACAAUUAGCGCAGCGCACCAACUACUUGGAAUUACUUGGACCAAGGCGAGGGCGGCAUCAGGCAAUCGUGCAAUAUUCCGGGCAUCAAUUGCUUGGCCCAGGAAAACUCAAUUAAGAAUCCCGCACCCACACAUGCAGCCGCACACAGGAGACAACAUCCACACACACAGGCGCAAGUUGUAGGAGCACCAGAGGAAGACGAAGAAGAAGAACGACAGCUCCCCGAGGUGCUGAAGGUCACUCAGAGGGAGGAAUACAAAGCGGGGAGGCGGAGGAGGAGCACACUCAGCCACUAAAUGGCCGAUGGAAAUGGGCUGCCAGCGGGUGCAGCUUCCGGCGGCAUGGAGGCCGGUCAGCAAGUGAAUGGAGCCGGAUCCGCCAGCCCCACGCCCCCCUCGAGCUCGGGGGCGGGUGCCUGUGGGAGUGCCAAUCAAGGAUAUCAUCAAUUAAGCGUGACAAUCGAGGAGGCUUCGCUGCGCAACAAUGGCUUUCUCAAGCCCAAUCCCUACGUGGAGCUGCUGAUCGAUAGCAAAAGCAAGCGGAAGACGGACUUGGUCAAGAACAGCUAUCUGCCCAAGUGGAACGAGGAGUUUACAGUGCUGAUUACACCCAACUCCACGCUGCACUUCAAGGUGCUGGAUCACUCCAGUUUCCGCAAGGAUGCCAUGCUGGGCGAACGGGUCAUCAACCUGGCGCACAUUCUGCAGCACUACAAUGGACGCUGCGAGUUCCUCGAGUUGACCAUCGACCUGUUCGUCACCAGCAAGUCGGACAAUCGCCAGACGAAAAGCGGCGAGCUGGUGGCCAUCCUCAAUGGCCUCAAAUUGGACAUGUCCAAGCUGCAGAUUCAAACGGCGGGCGUCCAACAGAAUGGCAAUCCACCCGUCCAGGCUGUCAAUCCGUCGGUGGUUAGUGAUGCGGCCGCAGGACGCAGUUGCAUGAUUUACGGCGGAGUACGAGCACGAAUGCGACUUCGCUCGAGUAGCGGCAACAGCAAUGGUGGUGGAGAAAGCCGCUCCCCACUGCCAAAUGGAGAUCACAGGAGAUCUGCGCCAGCUCCGCCUGUGUGGGAACAGCAGCAGCAGCAGCAACAACCAUCCCCGAAUCAACCUCAACCCCUGAGAAUGGUCAAUGGCAGCGGGGCGGCUGUGCCGCAAACAGCUCCGUAUCCCCAGCAGCCGCCGGCUCCCGCACUCGCAAGACCUCUGACCCAAGUGUACGGAGCUCUGCCCGAAAAUCCUCCGCCAUCCGCUGUUUAUUUGCCAGCAGGAGGCGCGGCAGUAGCAGCAGGACCACCCAUGGAACAGCCCGGCGUUGGACUGCCCGUCAGUCAAAGCACAGAUCCGCAACUGCAGACACAACCGGCGGAUGAUGAGCCCCUGCCGGCUGGCUGGGAAAUCCGCCUGGAUCAAUAUGGCCGGAGGUACUAUGUGGAUCACAAUACGAGGUCCACCUACUGGGAGAAACCGACGCCACUGCCGCCGGGCUGGGAGAUCAGGAAAGAUGGACGCGGUCGCGUUUACUAUGUGGAUCACAACACGCGGAAGACCACCUGGCAGAGGCCGAAUAGCGAGCGCCUGAUGCACUUCCAGCACUGGCAAGGUCAGAGGGCUCACGUUGUGUCCCAGGGUAACCAGCGGUACCUGUACUCGCAGCAACAACAGCAGCCGACGGCGGUGACCGCGCAGGUGACGCAGGACGACGAAGAUGCACUGGGACCGCUUCCCGAUGGAUGGGAGAAGAAGAUCCAAUCGGACAACCGAGUGUACUUUGUUAACCACAAGAACCGAACCACCCAGUGGGAGGAUCCACGCACCCAGGGUCAAGAAGUAAGCCUGAUUAACGAGGGACCUCUCCCGCCAGGCUGGGAAAUCCGCUACACGGCGGCCGGUGAACGCUUCUUCGUGGAUCACAAUACGCGACGCACCACCUUUGAGGAUCCUCGACCGGGGGCACCCAAAGGCGCCAAAGGAGUUUAUGGAGUUCCGCGCGCCUACGAACGCAGCUUCCGCUGGAAGCUGUCGCAAUUCCGCUACUUGUGCCAGAGCAACGCUCUGCCGUCGCACAUCAAGAUAACGGUGACGCGACAAACGCUGUUCGAGGAUUCCUACCACCAGAUCAUGCGUCUGCCCGCCUACGAACUGCGCAGGCGGCUCUAUAUAAUAUUUCGUGGCGAGGAGGGUCUGGAUUAUGGCGGCGUAUCGCGCGAGUGGUUCUUCCUGCUCUCGCACGAGGUUCUCAAUCCGAUGUAUUGCCUGUUUGAGUACGCCAACAAGAACAACUACAGCCUGCAGAUAAAUCCCGCCUCGUACGUCAAUCCCGAUCAUCUGCAGUACUUCAAGUUCAUCGGUCGCUUCAUUGCGAUGGCCUUGUAUCACGGACGGUUUAUCUACAGCGGAUUCACAAUGCCAUUCUACAAGCGCAUGCUGAACAAAAAGCUGACCAUCAAGGACAUCGAGACGAUCGAUCCGGAGUUCUACAACUCUCUCAUCUGGGUGAAGGAUAACAACAUCGAUGAGUGCGGCUUGGAGCUGUGGUUCAGCGUGGAUUUCGAAGUCCUCGGCCAGAUAAUCCAUCACGAGCUGAAGGAGAACGGCGAGAAGGAGCGUGUGAACGAGGAAAACAAGGAGGAGUACAUCACGCUGAUGACGGAAUGGCGAAUGACGCGUGGCAUUGAACAGCAGACAAAGACGUUCCUGGAGGGUUUCAAUGAGGUGGUGCCCCUGGAAUGGCUCAAGUACUUCGAUGAGCGCGAGUUGGAGCUGAUUCUGUGCGGCAUGCAGGACGUGGAUGUCGAGGACUGGCAGCGCAACACCAUCUACAGGCACUACAACCGCAACUCCAAGCAGGUCGUCUGGUUCUGGCAGUUUGUUCGCGAGACGGACAACGAGAAGCGGGCGCGGCUGCUGCAGUUCGUGACGGGCACGUGCCGCGUGCCAGUCGGAGGAUUCGCCGAGCUAAUGGGCUCCAAUGGGCCGCAGCGCUUCUGCAUCGAGAAGGUGGGCAAGGAGACGUGGCUGCCGCGAUCGCACACCUGCUUCAAUCGAUUGGACCUGCCGCCGUACAAGAGCUACGAUCAGCUGGUGGAGAAGCUGACCUUUGCCAUCGAGGAGACUGAGGGCUUCUGCCAGGAAUGAGUGGCAGUCGAUUUGUGGUCGGUUUGUUGAUUAAUGUUUAAUUCCAGUUGAGCGCCUGCGUUACCCCUGAUUCCCC